AAAACAAAACCGCGAAAAUGUUUUUUCCAUCGGCGAUCGCGAUGUUUGUGCGGGCCGAAUACGCAAGAAAGUGCGUAUUCACCGCACAAACGGGCACCGUAGCGCGAUAUCUGAGGCCAGCCGUCCGUCACUCCCGGGGAACUCUCGCCGACGGUGGAAUCCGCUUCGGCAGCUUCGGGUCCGCCCAUCCAGUUCCACCCAUCCAGUCCGCCCAUCCGGGUCCGCUCCGUGGUCCACCCAUCCAGCCCGCCCAUCCGGGUCCGCUCCGUGGUCCGCCCAUCCAGUUCCCGGUUUCCGUCCGGCACCCGCCAACGGUGCCGCAUUCGGGGCGAAGAUUCCGCUCUCGCUUUCCGGACGGCGGACGACCGGACGACAUCGCACCGAUGACGGGAGCGAUACUCCUCGGGCCCUGCGAUCCAAUGACGGAUGGAUAGGAGGAGAUCCGGAAAAUAGACAUCCGUAAGUACCCCCCCA